UAAUUUACUCCUUUUUUGUAAUGUUCAAUUUACUCAAUUGUAUAAAAAAUAUCUGUUUUAAACUACUGUUACUGAUAGCUUCAGUAAAUAUAUAGACUAUUUAUAGCCUGAUGCUGCAAAGGAGUGCGGCUAAUUCAACUGAGGGUUUGGCAUGGGGUAAUAAGUGACCAGUGCCAGCUCAAGCAAGCGUGAGGCCCGACGCGAGUUUAGUUUGCGAGGCCUUCAAUGAAAACCUAAAAAAAAGAGAGUGGUUGAAGAGUACUAAUGUGCGAGGGUAAAAUCGUGUUUUUUUAUAUAAUUGUCUUUUAAAUAUAUAAAAUAUAUAAACAUAUAUAAAUAAAAUAUAAUAUAUAAACACUCAAUAGUGUCACUAGUUAUUAUAUUGAGCAAAAGUACAUGCUGUAAUAUGUUUUUCACAAAAAAGAUAUAUUAUGCACAUUAUUAUUUUUAUUUUGAUUAUUAAAUCAUCUAUAGAAAACUUAAAAAAAAAUUCCUGCCUAAUGGGGUUCUGCAGGGCCUUUUUAGAAAGCUAGAGAUAGAUAUAUACCUCUUUAUCUAGCUUUUCACAGAGCAUUGCCCCUUUAGGCACGAGGCCCCACAAGGCCCCAUUGCUCGCAUAUGGUCUGAGCCGGCCCUGUAAGUGACUGGGGCCCCAUCUCUGGCUUAAAAUAAGACUUUUUGCAUAACUGGCCCCGGCCCAGGCAAAAUUAUAAGAUUUAGCAGGGGUUGAUAGGGACGGAUACAUUAAAAGAUUGCAACUUGUUGAAUAAAAAGCAAUGCAAGAAUGAGUUUUGGUUUAUCGUUGUAGAGAUAAAAGCUCAUUUGAGCACUGACCAUGAUUGUAUUUGUAGAAAAAAAGAAAAAAAUUUAACCUUAAAACAAUCAGAGAGUGGGUCAAGCUUGGCAGAUGAAGCAGGUCUAAUUACAUUUACAAAGUGGUUUUAGACUUCGUCUGAGAGUAAGAAGGUUAUUAUUCAUCAAUAUAAAGAAAUGAGUUUUGUUGUCUAACAAAAAUUGUGGAUUUCAAGUCCAGAAUUUAAAUUUAUAAGCCACUGCAAACCUUACGCUGUUACAGAAGAGAGAUCAGAUUUAAAAUUAACUGCUUGUUCUAAUCAAUUAAAAAGUGAAGAUUUUUUGUCAAGAAAAGAGUUUAAAGUUGAAUCUUCAACAAAUAGAGCCACUUUAGAUUUCACGAAGAUCAUUAUUGUAGAUAACAAACAAUACAGGAGCAAAGACAGAACCUUGUGAUACUUAAAGUUACUUGAAGUAAAGAAGAGUGUAGGUCUUCAAAAAUAACUUAACUACUAAAUUUAGAAAGAAAUAACUUAAUAACCUCAAACCUUUAUAUAAAGAAAAUAAUAACAGAGUGAAGACUAAUCGUAGGAUAGUUGAAGAGGUCAAAGUGUUUUUUAGAGUUUUGAAAAAUCGGAACCACUUAUUUAGCACUUUUUAAAAGUUUAGCAAAAAUGAAAAGAGUUCUUGAGAAUACUUUUUCAAGACUAUAAUGGAGAUCUUGUCUGGAGCACAAACUGUAGAAGUGUUUAAUUGAGAAUUAACUUUAGCAUUGGAAGCCAGAGUGAUUUCGAUGUUUAACAACAGGUUAAUCUGUUUAACUGUCAGGAAGAGUAUGGCCAUUAUAUUCACGAGUCAUAUUAGAGUAAGAUUUUUUUGCAAAUAACUCUGCUUUAUUCUUUAAAAAGAUAAGACCCAUGAAUUAGAGAUUAAAUGUUAGACUUACUUUAGUUAAUAACAUUGUUGAAGACUAACCAAAAGUCUUUAGAACCUAUCAUCUGAUAUAAGAUUAAGUAAACAAGUUUGUUAUUCUCGGUUUAAUUAAUCUGACAAAAUUAAGUAAACUGAGAAUAACAGAGCUUAACAUCAGACAGGGCCCUUUUUACUUUGGCUUCUUGGAAUAAUAAAAGGGCAUUUGUUCUUAAAUGAGAUGUUCUUGUAAAAAAGAUGAAAUAAAUGAUUAAUAAAGCAACUGCUCAAGUGAAAAAUGUGGAGUAGAAUGAGGCUUGACUUAAAAUUAAAGAGAAUGAAUUAAAGCUUCCAAACUUUUAUUCCAGAUGAAAUAAAAGUUACCAAGAUGUGCUUUAUGCAUACAUAUUAUGGAUAUAAACAUAUAUGUUUGCUAUUUAUAUUAGGGAUGUACCGAAGCUUCGACAAUUUUGCUAAAGCUUCAGUUUGGCCAAGCCAUGGGCUUUUUUUGCCGAAGAAAAUGAAAUUUUUAAGUUUCUAAGCAUUAAACUUUUUUAAGAUUCUAAGCUAUAGGUUAGAAUCUUUAAUUACUUUAAAAUAUUUUUUGGUAUGUUACAGUAUACUUGGACAUUACUAAGCUGGCAUUUGACUGAGGAAGACAUCUUUUAAACGUUCAAACGACGUCUGUUUUCCGAAUAAAACAUAGUUGAACAUUCAAAAUACUUCUUUUUCUUUUCUUCUUGACUAAAUAACGACUGCUUAAUGAGAAAUACAGUUGUGAAGAUUAAUUGAAUCCAGCAACGGCUUUUAGAGGUGGCAAGGCUGUGUGAAGAGCAGCCAAAAACAACACGAUAGUGUAUGGAAAGUAAAGUUACUUAAUGAAACACAUUGAUCUACAAAUAUAGGUUAAUUGGUUAUUUAUGACUUUGAUUUUUUUUAAUUCAAAUACAAAUAUUGUUUAUUUUAAUAAAUAUUAUUAAAGGUAAUAAACUAAUUAAACAUUAUGUUUCAAUUUUAAGAAUUGUUAUUAUAACUUUAAGUUAUCCAUUAGCACAUUAUGGAUACCUCAUCGCGAAGUAAAAAUCCCUUAUGGAGUUAUUUUAAAGUGAGUGAUGAAGAUGUUGGCAAAGCCAUCUGCAUACUUUGCAAGAAGAUUUUGUCUAGAGGAAGUAAAGACGCACACAACAUGUCAACAACAAAUUUACAAAACCAUCUGAAAAAAGCACAUUACAAUAUACAUAGCAUGAUUCUUUCUCAGAAGAAAACUGUUAACCACGAAUCUUUACCAGGUCCAAAUGAAAAAUCUAUAAAAGAAUUUUGCACUACUCAAACAAUAUGCUCAGAUAGAACAAGUUCUGCUGAAUCAGUGCAAAUCAUUAUUAGCAUUGCCACAGAUGAAACACAGGGAAGCUCACGUGUGUCUAAUAACACAAUUGCCUUUUUUCAAAGAGCAUUGACACAGGUCUUACUGCAGGAGAUUUUGCAAAGAAAAGAAUUGUGUCAACUUGACAAUCCUAAGGCUCAAGCUAUUACCAAGCUUAUUCGAGAAAUGAUAUAUUUAGAUUUGCAGCGAUACUGUAUUGUUGAAGAUAAAGGUUUUACCCAACUUUUAAAGAAUUUAGCUCCAAACUAUACAAUACCUAGUCAAAAGUAUUUCUCCACAAUAGUCAUUCCACUGAUGUAUGAAACCAUAAAAGCCAAAGUAAAAUAUGAGCUGGAUCAAGCAGAUUUCCUAAGUUUAACUAGUGAUGGUUGGACCUGUCAGCACACAAUUUAAUCGUAUUACAGUUUAACUGCUAGAUUUGUAACACAUGAGUUUACAGUUAAACAUGUCAUCUUACAAGUUACACACUUCCCUGAGUCUCACACAGGGCACAAUAUAAGUAAAUUCAUAAAUGAAGCGCUACAAUCAUGGGAAUUUCCCCAUGAAAAAAUUCAUGCAGUUUUAACUGAUAAUGCACCCAAUGUAAUGGCUGCCAUUAAAGAGUCAAAUGUGGGCGAUAAAUAUCUUUUAUGUAUGGUACAUACUUUACAAUUUUGUAUUCUGAAAAAGAUCUUUAGAGAACAAAGAACAGCAAGUGAUGCAAUCGCUGUUUUUUGAGCAUUAGCAGGACAUUUCAACCAAUCAUCUAGUGCUGUGGCUAAACUAAAAGAAAUUCAAAGUCAAAUAAAAUUGCAUAGAGCAUAACGUAAUUCAAGAUGUUUCCACCAGAUGAAAUUCGACAUGCUAUAUGCUUGAGAGGUUCAUUGAGCAGAAAAAAGCUAUUACAUUGUAUUGCAUUACCAGAAAUCACACAAAUGCAAAAAAUCCUACUGAAUAUCAAUGGCAACUUGUUGAAAUGCUUGUAUGCACGUUAAAACACUUUGAAAGUACUACAAAAGACAUGAGUCAAGAAACUGCAUGUAUAUCAAAGAUUAAACCAUUUAUCUAUGCAAUGGAAAAGUUUCUAGACUACGCUUGUGACACUGCAACUGAAAUCAAAACUGUUGUUGAUGAAAGAUUUUAACUGUUGUUCUCAAAAAUACAAGGAUAAUGUUGAUCUAAAAAUUGCGAUGAUGCUUGAUCCUCGUUUCAAGUUUAAGUUUAUUGAAGACAAGAAUUAUAAUAUGUUUAGAACAAGUAAAAGAAAUUGAAUUUGGUGUAGCAAGGUAGUGAAUCAGACUCAGAAAAAUCAUUAAGUUCAUUUUCAGAAUCUAAAAUUCAUGAGUCCGACUCAGAUUUUAAUGGCCAUGGCUCUCCAUUAAAAAAAAAAAACUAAUGAGCAUGGACAUAUAUAGCUUGUUCCACCAAUUCGAUGCAAAUGAGUAUGCUUUACAAAAUUCAGAAAAUUCGGACGGACGAAGAAAAAAGAGAAAAAACACUAGUUUAAUGGAAAAAACUCUAACUGUCAAAGAAAAAUGGUGAGAAAACAUUAUUAUCUAUUUAUGAUUUUUAUAUUGUUUAUACAUUAAUUAUUUAAGUUAAAUUGGUAAUUAUAUCCUUUUCUAUAUUUCAUGUUCCUUUUGUAUUUUCUAUAGCCAUUUUAAAUUUUUGAU